UACGCAUCCUCACCGUGAUCAUAACCCUCUUAAUUUUCUUCCUGAAUGUAAAAUCUCAAUCUACCUGAGUGAAUAAUUGGAAAAGGAAGAAAGAAAAAGUCGAUCCAUCCAGAUGUUCUGUCGAGAGCACUCCACAAAGUAGGAGCAAACAGGUGGAUGCGAAGGAAGUAUUACGAAUGUAGUAUGGUCCAGUGUGUAGGAAAUGUGUUUCUAUUUCUAAACGAAGACGGGGAGUACCAAGAACCAGGGACAAUAACUCAACGAUUUGGCAGUUUCAUCGAAGGGACAACGACCAUUGGAAUGCGAUCCGACAUUGAUGAAAUUGAUGUUGAAUUGAAUGACGUUAUAGAAGAAGGAUUUGAAGGAACACAUGCGAAAAACGUGAACACAAUUGUCUUGGUAACGGAUAUGUUUACACCGCCGGGUUUUGUGAAAAUGAAAGUAGAUGCAGGAGGUAGAUAUAAGGACUUUAUAAUCGAGAAAGAUGGGAAUGGAAAUUGCCUUUUGUCCAAUGUCUACACGGAAGACUAUAAACAUCACAUGGCUGUCUUUCAUCAAACGGGAGAUCUUGAAAAACAUGGACCUGCUUUGACUAACUUCAACGAACCAGAAAAUCAAAUUGAAUCAAUAGAUGCUAUUAUAGCAUUUCAUUGCAAGACAGGUUUAUCUUUUAACCAGGAAUUUUUCAACCGUAAAAGGUACUACGGGUGGCCGAGACAGUCGGACUUGGAAAAAAUGAAAGGUCAAGGAUGUCUACUAGUCCCUACGGGCCAUAGCUGCUGCGACAGAAAACAUCGCAUUUUCCAGUGGAGAAUUUCAUUCUCUUUCCAGGAACGACAAAUCAUGCUAAAUCUCAAUGAUGCACAGCACAAGUGCUAUAUCCUAUUAAAACUGGUGAAAAAAUCCCACAUCUCACCAGUCGUAGGUUUGACGUUCUAUCACUGUAAAACAGCUUUAUUUUACACGAUUGAAAACACGGCUAGUGUUAUUUGGAGCGAAGAAAAUUUGCUGAAUUGUUUUAUACUGUGCUUAAAGAGACUAAAGAAGUGGUCGAGGAACCGUUUCUGUCCGAAUUACUUUCUCCCAGAACUGAAUUUAUUCACUGGGAAAAUAGAUAAUCAGGGAAAUAUUCAGUUUGCUCGAAUUAUGUCAAUCAUUAUCAAAAAUCCAACUGAGUUCCUGCAGAAAAUACCAACUGACAAUUUUGGAAAGUUAGUUCGCCUGUAUGCAGCCGAGGCUACAGAUGAUGGGAUCAUCGAAGAAGAAGUUAAGGCAAAUGUGGCAAAUAAAUUGUACAAACUGCUUGCGGAUAUAACAAACUCGUUAUUUCAUAUUAGAAGCAUCGUUCUGCAAAAGAUAUUAUACAGAUGCACAGACAUGGAUGAGAUUAUCCAAAGACAUUUUAAGUGGUUGCACACCAUCAACUCGCUUCAAGAAAAGAAUGCAGUUGGAGAGUAUCAACUCGAUCGUGUGAAGUGGGUUCUUCCGCAUGUCUGCAGAUUUUUGCAUACAAGUCUGGCAAGUCAUUUGGCAAUAAAAGCUUGGGAGACAAAGGAAAUGAUUGACGGGAAAGACAAAGAAACUAUGGAGACUAAACAAAAAGGUAUGGAUACAGAUGAGAUAAUGACUAUAGAGGCAGACAAUGUAGCUAUGAAAAUAGAAGAAAUGGAGGUGGAGACAGAGAAAAUCGUAACGGAGACAGAAGAAAGAGAUGUGGAGAGACAGAAAUCAGUCACGGAAAAUACAAUAAAAAUAGAUGCGGAGCGAGAGAAAAAGCUGAUAUGUUGGCUGACGCUUAAUGCCUCUUACCAUUUCUUGAUGGGACUGGACUCGGAUGUAAUGUCCAGCAAAAUGAAACUCGCAACUGUUUUGUUGUAUACCGGACAUCUUGAUAUAGAAACAUUUUAAAUAAACUAUUGUCCAACAUUGAAUACACAAUCACUGUGUGACUGCACGACAAACAUUAGAGGAAACCUGAUCAGAGAAAAUGAUUAUGCUCCUUUCAUAAAAAUGUUCAAGUUGUCUCCCAUGGAAACUCUAAAAAUGAGUUCAUCGGAGUACAUCGAGAAAUAUGUAUCCGCUUGUACAAUUUUCUUACCCACCGAGUCCAAAAUAACAUUCUAUCUGCUACAGUUUGAAAUGCACCGAGCUUUUGGCUCAUCUAUAACCUUUUUUGACGACUUCCAACAAAACGAAUUCAAAAUGAGCAAUAGUGAAUUCGACCACUGUGCAGCUUUGGAUUCAAAAAUUUACGGAAUAAUACUGACAAUACUCCUCUCGGAAAAUAAUGAAGAGAGGGAACGAAACAUCCUGUUUCUACAAAUGUGUAGCAAAUUGGACUCAUUAGCUCAUAGAGAAACCACAUUGAACCUUUCAGGCUGGUUUGCAAGUGUGGAGAAGCUGAACGGGGUUUCGAUAUAUUGGUAUAAACAGUCCUGGGUUUAUAACAUUAAGCAGCAAGAGUAUAAGAUAAACGCGAUGGCGAUAAAUGACAAAAAUGCUGCAAAAUGGCACUUGGCUCUGCUUCUCUUUCGAGCAUGGGCUCAUACGGCAACAGCGACAAACAGUGUAGAUUAAACAAAAGCACCGCAGUGGAAAGUGGUACCAGGAAUAUAUGCUACGUAGUAUAGAUUGACACCCGGCUCUUUCGUGUAAUGUUUAGCCUAGCAGAGAUCCUGAAAGUCGCAUAGUGGGGAACUGAUACCUGGCUUUGCAGCAGAUUAUUUAACAAUAACACUGGGAACCAGAAUGAAAUAACACUCGUGACGUAAAAUACGGACACGUCAAAAGUAACAGUAGUUGAUAUUUCUCAUGUUUGUUUGAUCGUAAUCAGAACAAAUUUGGAAAAAAAUGCGGAAGAUAAAACUUGACAACAAUAAAUCUUAAGUGUAUAUGAUAUAAGCAUAUUAAUAGAUCUCUAGUACAUGUUCUAAUGUUUCAUUUAUAACAUCCAUUCCAUGACAGAAUUUUUAUCGAUAUCGAAUAUUUUAAGAUAAUAACUGAAAAUAUGCUUAUAAAAACUUCCAACUAGAUCCCUAAUGUUUCCAUGACCAUUUUGCAGUUAAACAUCAAGUACAGUUAAAGUCGUUCUGCUUAAUCUUCAUUUAAAACGGGUCAUUCUUGUGAAGUUUUAUUUCCAUCAAAUGAGUUUAAGUAUGGAUUUACAGCUUUGAUUCUCACCAAUGUCAACUUUAAAUACAAAAAAAAAACUAACUUUUUGGUAGUUCAUUAAUUUUGUUCAUUUUUAGUGUUUAGUGAAAUCUUUGUGAUUUGAUAUACCUUAAAAAAUUCUGGCAAAAAAUUAACAACAAAUUUAACAAAAGAUAAAAUCUAACGUUUAAAAAAAGACAAAUAAAAUCAAGACACAGAACCAGUAGAAAUAUGGCGUAACCAGACAUUCUACUGCAAUUACCUGUUUGACUUUGCCUGUCUGAACUUAAAUAGACAUAUUAUUUCUUUAAUGAUGUAUUUGUCUUGAAUAGUGUGUUUUCAUACAGAUAUUGAUUAUAUACAAUAAAAUCAAUCAAUUAGUCAAUAAAAAAAGUUAUUGAUAUUUUGUGAAUUUGCAAAUACUAGAAUUAAAUUGAAUCAACAGGUAUGAUUCUUUGUGAAAGAAGAUUCCAAUUUCUUUUAUGCAUAUAUCAUGAAGUUAUGAUGUGUUAGUGGUCCAGUUAGAAUUCAAAAUAAUUCAGCUAGUUUAAAUUUUUCAUCUAAAAUCUGUUCUCAUGAUAAUUUUCAAUCUAAGUCAUUUAAUUCUAUCUUAAAUUUUGAAAAUAUUUAAUUUGGACUCCACCUUACAGGCGUGAGUAUAUAUCUAGAUUUUAUUACGAACGACCAAGCAUGUAUAAUUCAUACAACAAAUGAAAAAUAAGUAUAUACGUUAGUCAUUUAAUGUAAAUAUGCUUUUAGACACAGAUUGAAAUUGUUGAAUAAUACAAUUUAACUUUGUAUUGCAAUAAAACUACUCGGAUGCAUAUUUUAUGUUAAUGCUAAUUAAUGUGUGUCCACCCGUGAGGAUUUGCGCAUAAUAAUUUUAAAUAUGUUUACCAAUAUAUUUAUAACAGUAACGUUGUGCUAGUUACUAUAUACUUUUAAAUAUUCUCAUAAAUCCAACUCCAAAAGGUAUACGCAAAAAUGCUCUAUUUUUAGUGAACGCCUUUCGGCUUGUGUUUCUUUUUUGGCAAGGUGACUGUUCGUGUCAGCCAGUAUUGCGCAUCUAAGGUAAUCCUUGCAUUCUCUUGAGGUAACGUUUACCAACUCACGCCUGGUAAACUACAGAGCUAUACCUCUUAUACGGUAAAAUGCACUGUCGCGAUAAAAGAACAUCAACAUAGGUGAGUGUCAUCAUAAUUUUUUUUUUCAUUUUUACAAGCAGUAUAUCGAAUAUCGAAAAUCGGGGAAUUGUAGGCGAUGUAGAUAUAAUUUAACUUUACAGAGAACUUUAAGUUUGCUAAUUCAUUCUUAAUUUGUGGUCGUGGUGAUGUUUACCAACAAGCUGAUUUUGCAGUAAAUUUGGACAUUUCGACGUGCACUACCUCGGAAGUUGCGACAGAGCAGUUUACCGUAUACCUCUUUAAGAGGUAGCUCUGUAGUUUACCAGGCGUGCAACUGCAUACUUUUACUUUAUAAUAAUAUUAGACGUACAGCGGUACGAAGUGGCAGACAGUAAUGUCUUGCGCGCUUUUUAUAUUGGAUGACUGAUUACAUUGAAUGAUACAGUAACAGUGAUUCACCUUCGUUAGUAUCUUAUAUUGUACAUUCGCCGUUGUAUUAUUCCUGAAGGAGGAUUAUCAUUGAAGGAAAAUUAUUUAGAAAACAUUACAUAUACAUUUAUGUCUUUGAUUCUCACGGCAGGUCACAUUGCAACUAAUAUUGAAUGAAUUUUAACUGAAAGUUCUUUUGUUUUGUUCACUCUCGCACUGAUAUGCAAGUUUGACUAUAUUUUGUUCUUAUAACGAUAAACUGUACAUGUUCAAUAAAUUACUAUUUGUUC